UACCUGGUGGGUAAGAUGAUCAACAAGGGCUCCUUCGCUAAGGUCAUGGAGGGCCUUCACAUCAGCACAGGAGAGAAGGUGGCGAUCAAGGUGAUCGACAAGAAGAAGGCGCGGCAGGACGCCUACGUGCAGAAGAACAUGAAGCGCGAGCCGCGCAUCCACCAGAUGAUCCGGCACCCCAACGUGGUGCUGCUGCUGGAGACCCUGGAGACGGAGAACUGCUACUACAUGGCCAUGGAGCUGUGCUGCGGCGGCGACCUGAUGGAGAGGAUCUGCACCCACAAGAGGCUGGAGGAGCGGGAGGCCCGCAAGUACACCCGGCAGAUCCUGUCGGCCGUGGAGCACCUGCACAGACAUGGCAUAGUGCACAGGGAUCUGAAAAUUGAGAACUUCCUUCUGGAUGAACACAACAACAUCAAGAUCGUAGACUUUGGCCUGAGUAAUACUCUGAAGGCGGAGUCUAUGUCUGCCGAGUUGCUAAGCACACAGUGUGGAAGCCCCGCCUACGCUGCCCCAGAACUCCUCGCACACAAGAAGUACGGGCCCAAAGUGGACGUGUGGUCAGUUGGUGUGAGCACGUUUGCCAUGCUGACAGGGACGCUGCCCUUCACGGUGGAGCCCUUCAACAUCAAACAGCUGCACCAGAAGAUGGUCAACGGAGACAUCAACACCAUCCCCUCCGACAUCAGCAAAGUGGCGGUGCAGUUUGUGUUGUGUCUGCUGGAGCCGGACCCUGAGAAGAGGCCAAGUAUCAAAGCAGCCAUGGAGGAGAAGUGGCUGAACGAGGGCUACGCCAAGAGACCCCUCCACACCAUCACCUACAAGAACAGGUUACGACCGGAAGAACUGAACAACUCCAUUCUGAACUACAUGUCGGAGUCUCAGGGUUACGGCCUGCCUGACGUCAUCCACACGGUCGUCAACAACAGGCCGUCCGCCAUCAUGGCCGUCUACCACCUGCUGCUCAAGAGGCUGCAGAGGGAGCAGAGGGGAGCUAAAGCUAUGAAGAGAGCAGAGACCAGUGAAUGGAGUUUGCCCAGUAAGAGCCUGAUCAGAGAGAAGACCAACAUCCCACAGAAGAACCAGCAUCAGGAGCGCAAUGGAGCACAACAAAACAAUCUGGACCCUCCCCUGACCGAGCCGGCCAAUGGGAGGAGUGGCCGGCAGUCAAGCAAAGUUCCAAGGAGCCAAUCACAGGAGAGAGAGAGCCUGAGUGGCAGGAAGAGGGGCGAGGAAGCGAGCCGGGAAAAGCGAGUCGAGAGGGCGAGCACGGAGCAGCGGGGGGCGUCGCCAUCCCUACCCUCUGUGGACGGGACAGCGGACGAGGAGCUCACCCUUACCAUGGACACCAGAGAGCUGAUCUUCCCUGGAGUCUCUCCACCCAAGUGUUCAUGCAGGGAGGGAUCUGGCUCCAACCUGUGUGACUCCUCCCCCUGCGACAUCCCCAUAGCAACAACGGACGCCACGGCGGUCACCAUCAAAGAGCCGUCGCCUCUGUCCGUCAAGCAGUCCCGUCCCGACGUGCUCCUUCUCCCCUCCCACUCGGACGACUGCUCGGGCGAGGAGCCUCCCCCCGCUCCUCAGCAACUGCCCGGCAACCAUCGCUACGGCGACGAGAAGCUGGAGAAGCUCCAGACCUUCUACUCGGACAAGGCCUUCAUGAUGUCUCCCAGGAUGCACCUGGAAAGCCGGGCGGGCCAGCGUUUCAAGGACCUCCUGAUGGCCAUCGAGGAGAAGACCACGCCCCCGGCGCGCCUCUACAGCGCCAUGGAGAACAUUACCACGACAGCCACCAACACGACCAGCAACGGGACGAGUGGAGCAACCACAGCAACAUCCGCCGCAGCAGCAGCUGCAGCAGCAGCCUCCCAGCAAGUCUCACCCCUGCCUCGACUCAGACACACGGGGGCGCUCACAGGCCCGCUGAAGGACGGCGGUGUGAGCGUAGGCGUGGGCGUGGGCUCGCGGAAAGUGACCUGGGUGGGGUUUUCUCGAGGAGGCGGCGUAGCUCCCGGUCCUGGACCCAGCUCCUCGCCUUUCCUGGUGAACGGCUCCAAGCCACCGGCCUUCAGCAGCCAACGGCAACAGGCCCUGGUCGUCAAGAGUCUGCGGCACAGCAAGGAGAAGCGGGGCGGAGGAGGUGUUGGAGGAGGAGGAGGGAGUGGAGGUGCCGGGGGCCGGAUGGUGAGCACGGGGGGCGACGGGCCCAAGAGGAACUCGGUGCAGCUCAGGGGCUCCCUCCAGAGGCGGGUGGGGGAACUGAACCUGCCCAUGUUGCCCGCCGCCUUCCACAACAAGGCCAACAGCAAGAAGAGCGAACUGCUGCGCAUGGACUUCAGCUGA